GCCGCCCGGUUAUUGAAUCAUAUGGAUGAACCCGAACCGUAACCUUAACGAAGGAUGCCUUUGAAAAUGGCGACUCGAUCCUUCUCCAACUGAAACAGAGAACGCAGUUCCAAAGCAGCCAGCUUGAACCCCAGUGAAGGCUGCGCGCCGCCUUCCGACGCAUCUCGCCGCCUGACGGAGGCUGGAAGCCGCCGGCGCCUGAUAUUUCUCUCCAUUCCCCAUUCUCACCCGCAGAUCUAAGCUCUUACGGAUCAUGGGGAAGGAAAGUGAGGCAUCGGCCAUGGAAAUUGACGCUCCAAAAUCACAUGCUUCAGAUCAAAUCAACCCUAAGUUCUCAAUCAAUGUUUUGCAGCUCUUGAAAUCUGCUCAGAUGCAGCACGGAUUACGCCACGGGGAUUAUACUCGAUAUCGGAGGUAUUGCACCGCUCGAUUAAGGCGGCUGUAUAAAUCAUUGAAAUUUACCCAUGGUCGGGGUAAAUAUACUCGACGGGCCAUCACUGAAGCCACCGUCACCGAAGUGAGGUUUCUCCAUCUAGUUCUUUACACAGCAGAAAGGGCUUGGAGCCAUGCCAUGGAGAAAAAACAGCUACAAGAUGGUCCAAAUGCACACCAACGCAUCUACUUAAUUGGUAGGCUGAGGAAGGCAGUAAAAUGGGCUACUUUAUUUUCACAGCUGUGUUCAAUCAAAGGAGAUUCUAGAACAUCUUUAGAAGCUGAGGCCUAUGCCUCUUACAUGAAAGGGACUCUGUUGUUUGAACAAGAUCGGAAUUGGGAUACUGCAUUAAUGAAUUUCAAGAGUGCCAGGGCCGUUUAUGAGGAACUUCGGAAAUAUGGAGAUGUGGAGAAUCAAGUUUUGUGCCGUGAGCGUGUUGAGGAGUUAGAACCAAGUAUCCGGUAUUGCCUGCAUAAAAUUGGCGAGUCAAACUUACAAACUUCUGAUCUAUUACAUAUUGGUGAAAUGGAAACACCUGCGCUGGACCUUUUCAAGGCUAAACUGGAGGCUGUGAUGGCAGAGGCAAGGUCUCAACAGGCUGCGUCUAUGACAGAGUUUCACUGGCUUGGUCAUAGAUUUCCUAUUUCCAAUGCAAAAACUCGGGUUUCUAUUUUGAAAGCUCAGGAACUUGAGAAAGAUCUGAAUGGUCCGGCAUUGGACUCACUUCCAGCAGAGAAAAGACUUGCCAUUUUUGAUAAGAUUUUUAUUGCAUAUGAUGAGGCCAAGAGCUGCAUUCGCAACGAUUUGGUCACCGCAGGUGAUGCUGAAAAUGUGAAAGAUAAUUUAUAUGGCCUUGACAAAGCUGUAAGUGCUGUCAAAGGACAACGCACCAUUGAGAGGAACCAAUUGUUGGUCAGCAUUCAGAAGCAGAAAGUUGCUAAACCUGAGGAGCUGGUUCGCUUAUAUGAUCUUUUAUUACAGAGUACAGCUGAUCUAUCUGAUUUAGUUACUUCUGGAAGAGAUAGAAAACCAGAAGAAGUGGCAUUUGCUGAAGAGUGUGCUGGGAAAAGUUUGGCUUUCCGAGCGGAGAGGUGCUUCUACUUAGCCAAAUCAUACAGUAUGGUUGGAAAGAGGGCAGAAGCAUAUGCACUAUAUUGUCGCGCUCGUUCCCUCGCUGAUGAUGCCCUACAAAAAAUGCCAAAUUCAGAUAAUUCUGAUCAGGUAAUGAUUAAGGAGUUGAAGAUGUUACGUGAUAACUCAAGAUCCAACAGUUGUAUAGAACAUGCCAAUGGGGUUUUGGAAGAGGAGAAGGCACCAGAGAAUCUGUCCAAAAAAAUUUCUACUAUAUCAUUGACUGGAGCUAACAAGAAGCCGGAUAUAUUCCUUACUGAGAAACUGGACGUGUACGAGUCUGCAGUUGGUGAUUCAAAUGCAAAGGCUGCUCCACACAUUGAACCCUUCCCUCCAGCAUUCCAAAAAAUCCCACGCAAUCCAAUUGUUCUUGACCUUGCCUAUAAUUUUGUUGAGUUCCCAUCUCUUGAUAACAGAAUGAAGAAAGACAAGAAGGGCUUCAUAAGUCGGUUAUGGCGAUGAGCACCAUUUAAGCAGUCAUAGAUAUAAUUGGUUUUCACUCCAUGUUCAAAAUUUGAGGGAUUUUGUGGUCCCUCUUAAGGCCUUGUAUUUACAAUUUCUUAAUCUGUUUUAUAAAUUUUGGUGUUCUCUGUGAGAUGACUAGGUUUGGAUUGACAAUAAUUUAGUUGUAAAAUUUUUGUGCGAUUUAAAUUUAAAGAUUGAACAAAGAAGUUGGCAUGGGACUGCAAUAAUUUCUCCCCCAA